AUGGCUGAAGGCACUCCAUCCAUUCCCUGUUCAUGUGCACAUUCCCUGGCCACAGCGGAAACAGGUGCCUUUGAAACCCUGACAGCCGCGUCUGGGGACCUGCAAGCCAUGAGAAAUGCUUUGGAGGUGGAGGAUCCGCGUCUGGGGACCUGCGGGCAGGCGUCUGGGGAUCUGCAGGCCAUGAGAAACGCUCUGGAGGAUCCGUUGAAUGCCAGGGCAGUCUGUUCUAUUUAUGAGGCGCUCCAACUUAAACUCUCUGCUUCCGCCAUCCCCCUCGCCCCGCCGUGUUCCCUUCCCUGGCAGGCGUCUGGGGAUUUGCAGGCCAUGAGGAAUGCGCUUGAGGAUCCGAUGAAUGCGAGGGCAGUGGCAGCGGUGCGGCACUGUUUGGCACGUGCGGUGAAGAAGAAGGAGCAGAGGGCGCGGGGAAAGAAAGGCGCGUCACAGGCUGCUGCUGCUGGUUCAGAUGGUGCUGGUGGUGUUGGUAGUGGUGGUACAGGCGAAGGGGUGGGUGAUGGACCGGGGCGGACGGGAGGAGGAGAGGAGAGGGGGGAAGAUGGGGAGGAGGAGAGUGACAAGAGCGGCCAGAAUGAGGGAGCAACGCAAGGGAGGGAUGUGGUUCUUGAUGAUGGGGAGGAAAAGGCAGGGGGUAGUGGGCUGGCAGAGGGGGGAUCGAGUGACGUGCGUGAGGAGGAGGAGAACGAGAGGUCAAAAGAUGCUGCUGCUGCUGCUGCUGCUGCUGCUACCACAGGCACUGCAGGAGGAAAGGGGAGUGGCGGAAGUAAACAAGGCGCUGCUGCUUCUGCGGGAGUGGUGGGGGGUGGGUUCUGGUCAGUGGCUGACGCGGGGGGUGGAGGUGGAGGUGGGGGGGGAGGGUGGCAGGAGGAGGAGGAGGACGAUGAGGAGCUGUGUGUGAUCUGCUUGGAGAGGGAGCGAACGACAGCGUAUGAGCCGUGUGGGCAUGCGGCAUUCUGCCUGGACUGUGCGCAGGCAAACCUGGAGGUGCAUGGUGAUUGCCCCAUCUGCCGCACUCCAUUGCAGGGCAUCUCCUCUGAACCUGGCAGAUGA